AUUUAUUGCACAAUAAUAGUGUAUAAAUAAAGCAUACCAAAAGAGAAAAAUAAUUACGUCCAAUAGAGCCAUGCACGAGAACGCCUACUCUUAAGGCGAUGAUAACAUUUUCUGCAAUUUCUAUUGUGCGAUCAAAUAUAAUGCGUUAUUUCAUUUGCCUGUUCAUCAUUAUUGUGGCAAAGUCUUCCUUCUGCAAUGGUCACGGUCGCUUGAUUGAGCCACCAAGUCGGGCAUCGGCCUGGCGUUAUGGCUUUAGCACACCGCCCGACUACAACGACCACGAGUUAUACUGUGGAGGCUUUACGCGUCAGUGGAAACGUAACGGUGGUAAAUGUGGCGAAUGUGGUGAUGCGUGGGAUAUGCCAGAGCCCAGGCCCCAUGAACACGGAGGCCAAUGGGGGCAAGGUGUCAUUGUGCGCCGAUAUUCCCCUGGGGCUGAAAUGACAAUUCGUGUGGAAUUAACUGCAAGUCAUAUGGGAUAUUUUGAAUUUAGACUCUGCCCUGAAGCCAAGGCGAAGCAAGAUUGCCUAGAUCAAAAUGUACUAACGUUAAAGUCUGGUUCGCCAGCUCAGCCAGCACCUGGAGAUUUAGCCACAAGAUUUUAUCCGAGGAACGGUAGCAGAAUUUAUGAAAUGAAGGCUCAACUACCAGAUAUGACCUGUCACCAAUGCGUGCUGCAAUGGCGCUAUAUUGCUGGAAACAAUUGGGGCAUCUGUCCAGAUGGAAAUGGUGCUGUUGGCUGUGGGGAACAAGAAGAAUUUAGGUCGUGCGCGGACAUUGCCCUGGGCGAAGACUCUCAAACUCCUAUGCGUCCUGUGCGGCCAAGUGUGCGCACCACAAAACGUCCUGCAGUUACCGAAUCAACAGCUACUCAACCCACUCAUCACGAUACCCCUACCGAGCCCUUCAAUUAUGUUCCUCUUUUACUACUUCUCAUUGUUAUACUCUUGCUGCUUUGCAUCUUUGCUAUAUGGUAUCUGAAUCGUCAAAAUAAUCCAAUUAUUGCCAAAUGUAAAGACUAUUUCCAUCAACGCAUUUGCAAGAAAAGUACACCAAUAGUCUCGGCUUCUAAAAAAUCGUCUCUUCCCGCCAUAAUUUCCCAUUUACCACUUUAUGGUUUUCUAAAGCCGGGUCAGCAGCACCAGUUGGCAAGCGGACCGGAGACAGCACCAGUACCACCGCCACGCACCAGGCGCAACAGGAACAUCUCGUUAGGCGAAUCAAGUGCAGCCUAAUUUUAUAAAAAUCGUACCAAACAUUGCACGCAAAAAAAAAAAAAGAAAUAUUAGUUUUCGGAAUCCGAAGCAAGAAAUGAAAGUCUGCUAAAUGAUGAUUAUUUAGGAUAAGUUUUACAAUCCAUUCAGAUCACUUUGAAUUUUGUUGGUUUAUAUUUAAAUUUGAUUAUAAGUUUGUGAUAAAUUGUUA